CCCGCGGCCGGCGGCCCGAGCGGCCAUGCUGCCCGGGGUGGGCGUGUUCGGCACCAGCCUCACGGCGCGGGUCAUCAUCCCGCUGCUCAAGGACGAGGGCUUCGCGGUGAAGGCGCUGUGGGGCCGCACGCAGGAGGAGGCCGAGGAGCUGGCCGGGGAGAUGAGCGUCCCCUUCUACACCAGCCGCAUCGACGAGGUGCUGCUGCACCAGGACGUGGACCUGGUGUGCAUCAACCUGCCGCCGCCGCUCACCAGGCAGAUCGCGGUCAAGACCCUGGGCAUAGGCAAGAAUGUCAUCUGUGACCGCACAGCGACGCCCCUGGACGCCUUCCGCAUGAUGUCAGCCGCACACUACUACCCCAAGCUCAUGAGCAUCAUGGGCAACGUGCUGCGCUUCCUGCCGGCCUUCGUGCGCAUGAAGCAGCUCAUCGAGGAGGGCUACGUGGGUGAGCUGCUGGUGUGCGAGGUGCAGGUGCACAGUGGCAGCCUGCUGGGCAAGAAGUACAACUGGAGCUGCGAUGACCUGAUGGGCGGCGGCGGCCUGCACUCGGUGGGCACCUACAUCAUCGACCUGCUCACCUUCCUUACCAGCCAGAAGGCCGUCAAGGUCCACGGGCUGCUGAAGACCUUUGUGAAGCAGACUGACCACAUCAAGGGUAUCCGCCAGAUCACCAGCGACGACUUCUGUACCUUCCAGAUGGUCCUGGAGGGCGGGGUGUGCUGCACCGUCACCCUCAACUUCAACGUGCCCGGUGACUUCAAGCAGGAUGUGACCGUGGUGGGCUCGGCUGGGCGCCUGCUGGCGGUGGGCACAGACCUGUACGGGCAACGCAACAGCGCCCCAGAGCAGGAGCUGCUGCUGCAGGACGCCACGCUGGUCAGCAAUUCCCUGCUGCCGGAGAAGGCCUUCAGCGACAUCCCCUCGCCCUACCUCCGCGGCACCAUCAAGAUGAUGCAGGCCGUGCGUCAGGCCUUCCAGGACCAGGACGACCGGCGCACAUGGGACGGGAGGCCACUCACCAUGGCGGCCACCUUUGACGACUGCCUGUACGCCCUGUGCGUGGUGGACACCAUCAAACGGUCCAGCCAGACUGGCGAGUGGCAGAACAUUGCCAUCAUGACUGAGGAGCCAGAGCUGAGUCCGGCUUACCUGAUCAGCGAGGCCAUGCGCCGCAGCAGAAUGUCCCUGUACUGUUAGCGCAGACUGGGCCUAGGUGUCUUAGGCCUUCUGGGGGCCUGGAGAGGAGGCAAGGAGAAGCUGUGGCCUCCAGGAGAGUGAGGUAGAGAGGGAGCAAGCAGUGUAGUAAAUGGUAUGGGCAAGAGGAGAAACUCAGCCCAGCUGAGGGGCCCCAAACAAGACUGUUGGCAGGCGCUGGGCUUACAGCCGAGGUGUUCCUGAGAUCCUCUCUGCUGCCAUUUGUGUAAGGGAGGUUUAGCUGCCUCUGUGGCAGCUACUGUGAGGAGCAAGGAGGGCUUUCCUCCCAACACCAUACUUCACCCCACCUUGGCCUCCUUUGUAACCACAUGCUCCUGUGAGGUCAAGGUCAAGGCACUGUAGCUGAUGGCAAGGUCAGUGGGUGUUGGCCUUAUUGUGACCCACUACGGGCAGAAGGCAAGUCCCCGCAUGGUCACACAAGCCUGCGAGUCUGGAGGAAAAUGGGCAGGGUUGUGGGUAGGUACAGUGGGCACCUGAGUAAAAGUUCAAAUCCCAGGAAGCCACCUGAAGUGUCUGAAGAAAAAGGGGACUUGGUAGCAAAGUAUACAGCUUUCUUGAUUAAUUCAUCUUCCUCAGUGGAAGCCCUGGAAAGUGUCUUCCUAAUUGGUUCAUUGCCCUUCAGCUGGCCUGAAGAGGGAUAAGGGAGUGCCAGGAGGAGCAAGCAGAGAGAAUUCCUUAAGCCAAAAGGAGAGCACAUGCUGCAUCUAAACAGAUGAGGCAGCGAAUAAAAUAUGCCUUUGAAUUUGUCAACCAUUUAAAAAGCCUGCAGAAUCACCUUUACAACAGUAUUUCUGGUGGAGUGGAAUUGAAUGUAAGAGGAGUUUGGUACUGAUGUGUUGAGGUGGUCCUUUCACAAGGCUGCCCAGGCAGGGCCAAGAACACAGGAGGAGCUAUGGUUUGCCCAGAAGCUGACAGGCUGCCCUCCAAGACUGCAAGCAGCUGGGAGCCCCACGUUACUGUGGGAAUUCCUCAGUAGAAGGGAAAGUAAGUGAGCCCUGGAGUUGCUCCAACACCCAUGUCUUCUACUAGUUGGAGACGGGCUUUUAGGAGCUUCACCCAGUGCUGUGGAUUUAAAAGGGAAGCCUUUUAAAUGCUACUCAGAUAUAAUCUUCCCUGAAAAAAAAAAAGUUACAGUUCUUUUCUUAGCUUUGACCUUUGCUUUUAUGAUUCUGACGCCUGAAAAUUUUUGAAAAGCUUUUAAACAAAACAAAGCAAAAGGAAAACAAGGAACAUAAUUUUCAGUGUUUCUAAAAUGGAGCUUUAGAGCCCUCUGAUGUGUAUACUUCACAUAGGGUCAAGAGGCUCAUGGAGGGAAAAACGUAUUUUUCCUGUCCUUGCUCUCCUGUCUCUCUUGUCUUGUCACCCUCUGGAGAGAGCAAUCUGCAGGUUUGCACAGGCAGUGCCCAAAGAGAAUAUCGUGUGUGUGUGUGUGUGUGUGUGUGUGUGUGUGUGUUUCCAUCUGUCGCUCCUACACACAUGUACGCCUAAGGUUUCAUAAAUGCUUCCUCUUUCUACCACCAAGUGUCACUAAAAUCGUUCCUGAAAAAAUUCAGAUCUGGUCUUGAAAGAAAGACCUAGUCAAAUACAUUUUGAAAAUGGGAAAUUGUCCUUGGGUUAUCUCUUGUUCAUGUAAGAUCUUUGUCAGAGUUGCAUGUGGAGUCUACUACAUAACUUUUGUUCACAGGUCAUGGAAAUCUAAUAGCAGUCUUGAGCACACAAUUGGGAUUUAGGCUUCUUUUCACAUACAUGGCCUAGACGGGAAUUUAAUGGACCCCCAGCUCUGCAAUAGCAGAGUCCAAACACGAACAGCACAAGAGCUGUAGCUUCCAUCCCCUUCCCAAGGUCAGUGCCCUGGGAAUUCCAGGUGGCUCCUCCCGCUAGCCCUCAUGUCCAGAAUGUUGCUCAAGUCAUUUUCCAGCUCAGAGGUUAAAAUUGCCUUCCUGCAAAGAAUCUUGCUACUUCCCGGGCCUUACAGCUGAAAUGCUCUCUUGUACUGGUGUGUUGUCCAUUGCUGACAAGGCUACGGGACUUUUCCAGCUUUGGCAACUAUCAGUUCAAAACCACAUCUGAUAGAAUGAAAGUCUCCCCGAAAUUUGAGCAGAGGCCAUGCCAGGGACUGUAUUGCUUCAGGUUGUCCUAAAUUGCCUUCUGAGUGGAAACAAGUUUUUUUCUAGCUGGCCUACGAGGCUGUGAUUGAAUAGGGAGGGAAACCAGUGACUCUAUGCGUUUCAUUUUUCUAAAUUGUUGAUAAUGUAAGUUGGGAUAUUCCUGGGAUUUUCAUUUUAGGUUUCUCCAUUUAGCCAUGAUACUUGGGAGGUUUCUCCCACGAGGCCUCUGAGCUCCAUGUCUGAAACAAAAAUUCUCAUUUGAGGCUGGGGUAUAUAGAAAGAAAAUAGACUUUUAGAGAAGCAUGAAAAAUAUUUUAGUAAGUUUAUUCCAGUUUUAUCUACUGCAACGCGUGUAGUAGGUAGAUGAAGAAAUGGGAGGAAUAAAGCCCCAGAUAGUUGACUUUUUAAUACAAAACUCGCUGCGAGUGCACUUGGGAUACACGUUAGUGCUCCGUUGGUCCCAGUCUUACCACUUGCAAAGCCUCGACUGGGAGACACAAUAGGAAACGGUCAUCUUAAGCCCUGGACGGCACUCUGCGGAAGGCUUUGUUUCAGCCCAGAUGGUCAAUAGCGCCCUUAGGUGUCUGGGCACAUCCACUGACUGACCUGGGGUGAAGUCCUGGUGAUAAUCCGGCGCCUUUCAGCUUUGUUUAAGAUGUAGCAAGGAACCUGUGGGAUGGAGGCAGCACUUUCAGGUUUUCACAUCUAGUUCUGCCGUUCCCUGGUUUACUUUCUGCCACAUGUGGCUGCUUCUAGUACUGAACAUGUGGCUGAUGCCACUGGUUGCUUUCACAGGGAUCCCAAAUUCCCAAUCCUGAAAGAGGAUAUAAGUCUGAUGUUCUGGUACCCACUGGUGUCCAGCAUUUGGAAAUGCUCUGGGCUUAUUUGGAAAGUUUGGAUUCUCUGAGCUUUCUUCUGGAGAGUCUGCAAUCACUAAGUCUCUCCACGACGGGAGAGGUGUUGCAGAGUCCAGCCACAUUCCUUAGUCUGCCUGGCCUUCAUUACCUGUGUCAGGUGUAUCUGGACACUUCAGGGGCAGCCUUGGCCCUCUCCAACUCAAGACAGCUCCUCCCAAACACUUUAUCUGCAGAGAGCCAUUGAGGAACCCCCUGUGCGCCAACAUUUCUUGAUUUUUCUACUGUGCGCAGUGUUGUAGAUCUGUGAUUUCAUUCAUCUGUAAACCACGCUCAGUAGUGGGUAUUGCUGGUCCCAUUUUAUAUGUGAGAAAAUUGAGACUCUGAAGAAGAGCAACUUCCGAAAGUCCAGCUAUUAAGCAAAAUGGACUCCAAAGCCUUUCCUCUCCAUCAAACCAGUUUCCCUCCCUAGAAGAAGGAUUUGGGCCUCUGUCCUUCUCCUGGGCAGGAAAGCACUCCCUGCGGACUCUGUAGGGGGCUGCCCUCCUGCCCUGUGGAGCAGCUGUGAUAAGGGCUCACUGCAACCUGCAUGGGGCUCUUUGCACUUCUGUCAACACCCUCCUGUGAGCAGGAAGCCACACUCACAUUCCUCCAGAAGGUUAGUUAGAGAGCUGCAGCAGAAGUUGAUUUUUCUUUUCCUUCCGAAACAAAUAUCGCUCAACUCCUUUAAAAAUUGACUUCCUAAGUUGACUUUGAGUGUAGGUGAUGCAGCAAGCCCCAGACCUAGGAUUUUCAAAUGUCCUUGGCCAGUUAUUACCAAUGACUGUCAAAUGUGUUCUCGGUGUCUGGGUGUAUCCCAUGGGAAAACGCCUUUUCUCAGGGAGUGGAGCUUUUACAGUUCAUUUGUGACUUCGAUUUUAGCUGUAUGUUGAAUUCAUACCUUUCUCUGCUUUUAACUAUCUUGUCUCAUGGCAGAAGCUGUUGAAUGUGGUCUGGGCUCAUAAAUUCGGUGUCUGAUGUGAUUGUCUUUAUUCUGGUGGGUUGGGCCGGGAAGGGGUGGCUUCAGCCGUGGCCAGUGAUAACCUGGGGAGAAAGUGAAUCCAUUGGCCCUGGAUUCUGUCCAGCAUAUUCAGUUCCUUUAUUUUACAUCCCAGGGAGGUGACAUGAUGGUCAAGGUUACAGUACUUCUUAGUGGUACCACAGGUUACCCAGAUUUCUAAGUCACACUGUGCUCAUACCAGGAUUUGGGGCCUCUCUGAUAGGAAGAGGGAGGCUCAGAGGUGCAGUGACUUGUCUGAGGUCCUGGCUGGUUGGUCCGAGUUGCAUCUAGAACUCAAGCCUGCUAUGGGCUGUAUUCCCUGAGCUGUUGUAUCUGACUGAAUGUUUUUAGAAACUCAAUUAUGGCUGGACUGUACCACAAAAAACGAGCUGUUUAAACUUUCCCAUUGUGAUUGUAAGGUGAACAGUUCUCUCUGCUUUGUCUUAUAGUAGGGGGAACAGGGACAGCAAUUCAGAUGUUUACUUUUCGGAUUUCCUGAGGCCAGCUCUCCUUAGGUUGCCCCCACCCCAAUCCUAGAUCCAGACCUAGGGCUCCACUAGCUGAGGACUCUGCUUCACCUGCUGCCUCCGUUUUUCUACUGCAGAGGCUGUGGAAGUGGGAGCUCAUUAAACAAAAAAGAGCAACAGUUCAUGCUGCAUUUCAUUCCCUUUUGGAGCCGGGUGGAGGGCAGAGAAAGAAAGGUGUGCUGCUCCACAAUGUGGCUGCAGACUUUGCAGCCAUUGGGCUGACCUCCCCUUGGGCAGGAAAGUGGACAGACAGGGAGUGCUCCCAAUUUCAGGGGUGGCCCUACUGAGUGGCUUCCAGCACUUGUUACAAGAACAGUGAAGACCUCCUGGGCAGCUGCAACAGGCGAUAGGCUCGGUGGUCUCACUGGAUCUUGAGCUGAAGCCAGGACUGUGCUGAGUGACCCCAGUCAGUGAGCAGUGCAAAGCAGUGGCCUCCGAACCUUCCUUUUCCCCACAUCCCAGUCUCUCUGUGCUGGAGUCCUGGACAGGGCACCGGAGCAUCUGGCUCAGUCAGGCUACUAAAGUGUUGCACUACUGAACACUCUUGAAUCUGCUGCACCCUUUCUGUUUACACAGCGAGCAGAGUAAUAGCAAGACUGUGCUACACGUGAUGGCUCUGCACUUAGCUAGGCUGUCAGGCAGGCCGGGCUCUGCCCCACGGUGGCCUGCGGCCAUUGCGUUUCCCUUCCUGUGCGGGUCUCUGCUGUCCCUGAAGCAUCACCAGGACCCCUUGGUGUCCUUCUGAAUGUAAUGACUUACUUGUAACUCUAGUCACAUCCCAGGAAAAGAAACAAAAGCAGGGACCUGACCGCCUCCUUAGACCCUCUUUCUUGUUUAGGCAACCAAACAUAUUUAGAAUUGGGCCCUGUCUAGCCCCGGGGAAGGAAGAAGUUUCUAGCAGUUAUGGUUUUCUGUUUGCUGCCUGGUGCUUUCACAGAAGUCCUUCAUUUUUUUUUAAACCAAAAUUGCAUUUGUUCAGUUGUCAUUGUCGAGGAUGUAUUUAUUGUGUUUUACAGACGUGAGUAUAUAUAUGUAUAUAUUUAUAUAUAUAUGUAUGGAUGUAUGUAGAAAACCAAGCAUAUAUGACAAGGUCAAGGCAUGUAUACUAGAUAUUUUGAAGUUAUUUAUCAAGGGGAAAGAUGUGUGUUAUAAAGUAAACAGAGUCUAUAUUUUAUAUAUAAUGUGGAUAGCAAGAAUAGCAGAUACAUUAUAGACAAUUUUCCUUUCCUCUUUUAUUAUUAAAGCAAAAAAAAAGGACAGUACAUGCAGCUGUUCCCAGGGUUGUGAUGGCCACACUGCUGUGGGGGGAGGGACUCCCUGGCCCUGGGGUGCGCUCUGUGCUCAGGCCCAGCCCCGCACUCCCCGCCUGCUGGCUCUGCCUCCCCGGGGCUUCCUGCUGUCCCCCACAGUCUGCAUCGCUGGGGUGAAGGGUGAGAGUAACCAAUAAAAAUUGACCAACAGAAGCGAUUCUGGC